UUUUCUAACUGUUAAUCUAUUACUCACUUCACACUUGUAGUAAAAGUAUCCUUCUGUUUACUUAUUGAUAAAGAAACUGAUAACUGGUUUGAUAACGUUCAUAUUCACUACGAUCGUCUGUCAUUAACAUUAGCCAGUAGACAUUCAGUAUUCACUGCUGUGAGCAGUAUGAACAGUUUUUAGUUGAUUGCAUUUUAACUUCAGCAGUUCAUUCGCAAUUUUUAUUUAUCUUCAUUCAGAGACUUCAGUUAUAAUUUUAUUUAAUUUGCUAACUAUUAUUGCAGUUCAUAUAAAAUGGCAGAAAAGCAAAUCAAAAACAGAGUUUGCAUUAUUGGAUCAGGAAAUUGGGGUUCAGCAAUUGCAAAAAUUGUUGGAAAAAAUGCAGCCAGACUUUCCAAUUUUGAAGACCGUGUGACAAUGUGGGUUUAUGAGGAAUUAAUUGAAGGGAAGAAACUGACAGAAAUUAUUAAUGAAACACAUGAGAAUGUAAAAUAUUUGCCAGGACACAAACUACCUGCAAAUGUGGUUGCUGUCCCUGAUUUGGUAGAUGCGGCUAAGGAUGCAGAUAUCCUCAUUUUCGUUGUGCCUCAUCAAUUCGUACGAACUAUAUGUUCUACGCUUCUUGGGAAAAUAAAGCCAACCGCGGCUGCACUAUCAUUAAUAAAGGGCUUCGAUAUCGCAGAAGGAGGUGGCAUUGAUCUGAUUUCCCACAUCAUCACAAGAUGUUUGAAAAUUCCUUGUGCUGUGCUCAUGGGAGCUAAUAUUGCAUCCGAGGUAGCAGAAGAAAAAUUCUGCGAGACUACUAUCGGGUGCCGCGAUGUAUUGCUGGCACCGGUAUUGCGUGACAUCAUACAGACGGAAUAUUUCAGGGUUGUAGUCGUCGAUGACGAGGACGCUGUCGAGAUCUGCGGAGCUCUUAAGAACAUAGUUGCUGUGGGUGCUGGAUUUGUUGACGGUCUUGGUUUCGGUGAUAACACAAAAGCAGCAGUUAUUCGGCUAGGUCUUAUGGAAAUGAUCAAAUUCGUUGAUGUAUUUUACCCUGGUAGCAAGUUGAGUACAUUCUUUGAAUCUUGCGGGGUUGCCGAUCUUGUUACCACUUGCUACGGUGGCAGAAAUAGGCGAGUAGCAGAAGCCUUUGUGAAAACAGGCCGUUCUAUAAAAGAACUAGAAGAUGAGAUGUUGAAUGGACAGAAACUUCAGGGACCAAUAACUGCCGAUGAAGUGAACCACAUGCUGGCUAACAAAAAUAUGGAGAACAGGUUUCCACUUUUCACAGCUGUGUUCCGUAUCUGCCGAGGCGAGCUAAAACCUAGUGACUUCAUUGACUGUAUACGCAGUCAUCCAGAACACAUGAUGAAAGUGGACAAUUAGUUACACAAAUAUUUAGUUAUUUUAGUCUUCUCGAAAUUAGAUAGAUCUUUGAAUAAUUAAUUUAAAUAUUUUUAAAAGAUUAGACGUACCUAUGUAGACUAUUUGUGCCCCAGUGAUUUGUAUUAGUGUGAAAGUUAUUUACAAUUACGUAAUAUGUUGUUAUCUAUACAUUUUAAUAUAAACUUUAUAGUUUUAAGUAGGUAAUUAAUGUGUAUAUUCAAUCUGAAUAUAUAUGUAAUAAUAAAAAGAAAUAGGUUGAUAUAACGAUAUUGUUAGUAUACACUAAACUUUCUUGACUUGCUAUUUGUCAAGAAUACAAACCAUCACUUCUUUAUCCUGCUAAUGCCGAUUCUCGCAGACUUAUCGUGCGUUAUUAAACAAUGUACAAAAUAUAAAUGGUUGCUUCGGUGAUUGGAAUACGAAUUUUUAAUAAUUAUUAAAUGAGCAAUUCAUUUCUAUACACUAUUUUUUCUUGACUGACUAUUUUUCAAGAAUAAAGACUCACUACUUUAUCCUGCUGAUGGUGAUGCUAGCUGUCUCAUCGUGCGCUAUUAAACAAUGGACAAACAUAUAAUUGAUUGCUUCGGUGAUUGUAAUACGAAUUUUUAAUAAUUAUUAAAUGUGCAAUUCAUUUCUGAGUUCAACUAUUUUCUAUGAAAUAUCUGUAUAUAAAAGAAUCUUAUAAAAAAAUAAACAGUCUAAAUAAACUUUAUUGCAA